AUGUUCUACCAGCACCCGCUUGUUCCCGAGAAUUCCCAGGGACCCCGCCGCGGCCGGUCGUCUCGGUCCUCUAUCAGUACCUCGGAGGUCCGUCUUAACGUUCAGGGCGACAAGGCCGGGGCGGGCCUCGCCAUGGUUGAAAAUUUGGAGCGCGCGCUCCGCAAGAUACAGGCCGAGAUCGGGCUUGACGACAGCAGAAACGCGGCAAGAAAUGACGUAGAAGUGAGAGUGAAGUGA